AUGACGAAUGAGCAGAUCCUGGGCGAGCUGGGCUGGACGAUCCAGAUCAUCUCGGACUUGACCGGCAAGGUGCCCCGGUUCUUCCGGCCGCCCUAUGGCAACAUCGAUAACCGGGUCCGGGCGAUAGCUAAGUAUGUGUUUGGAUUAGAGACGGUGAUCUGGAACUAUGAUUCGGUAGAUUGGGGGUUGAACCAGACGUAUGCGACGGGGGACCAAGUGGAUGUUCCGGACCCGAGCAGUGCGCCGUCGUUGGACCAGGUGGUCGAGUCAGUCGAGCGCUUCGCCAUCCAGACCCAGGCCGGCUUGAUCCUCCAACACGAACUCAGCCGAGAGGCCGUCGAGGCCUUCAGACGCUCCUGGGCCACUGUCAGUCAACAGAACUUUCGCGCCUUUGGUCCUUUGCCUGUUUGCUUGGAUGCCGGGGAAUCGGAGUGGUAUCAGUAG